AUGACUCUAAGAGCCAGUUCUCAUGGAGAGUUUCAGACUCUCACUUCAUUGAAGAGUGUGGGUUCAGACAGCGGCAUCUUUAAAUCCUUUUCUCACAGCAGCAACAAUAUAGGCAACAGGUUUGAGAGCAUUGAGGAGAUUAAAGGAGUUUCAGGAGUUUCGAAGCCCACACAUCCUCCACGAAGGCCCGUGCGUGCGGUCAGACCUGUCAGUGCACUGAGUGCUAGCGGAUCUUUCCUACAAAUCAACCACCUGCAGGGGGAGCUGGUGAGGAAGAGGAAGGAAUGUGAAGACCUGAAAAAGGAGAACAAAUACUUGUCCAACGAAAUACACAUGGAAAGGAUCAUGAUGAGAACAGAGAACGAGCUCACCAUGAGGAACCUCAAGAACCUCAACCAGGACCUCCAGGCGCAAGUUAAAGAGCUGAAACAAAAGUUGCAUCUCAGCCAGCAGAGGGCGACACUUUGCUCCAGGGCGGCUGAGGAUGCUGACAGGGCUCGAGCAGAGGCCGAUAAGAGCAGGGCUCUAGCAGAGGUCCGGGCUCUGGACAGCAAACAGGAGAAAGAACUUGUGACAUCCGACAAAACACGGCUUAGUGAAGAACUACAACAGCUAAAGAAAGAGCACACCAAUGUCCAGAUGCUUUUAACGCAAACUGAAAAGAACUACUUUGAGACCAAGAUUAAACUAGACAGAAUAUCAGGUGAUAAACAGGUUCUUCUGGAAGAAAACAGAGUACUGGAAGAUGAAAGAAACACAUUACGGCACAAACUGAAGGAGCUGACGGAGGAAAAUGUGAAGAUAAUGGAAAAGGAGGUGAACUCCAGACGCAGAGCUCUGCUCGCUGAGGAACAAUGUGAGAGAGCCAAUAAAGCCCAGCAAGAUGCCGAGCAGGAACGAAAACUUGCAGAGCGAGAGAGAGAAGAUCGCACCAGAGAGUGUCUUUCUUGGAGAGAGAAACACCAGAAUUUGGCUGAAAUCAUCAGAGCCCAGGAAGAACUCAAGUCUCAGAGGCAGACAAAAGCCUGCCAAGCUAAUAUCAAGAGCUACUUCCUAUGCAUGACUGAGAGCGACCAGAGGGUUAAGAUUCUCAAAAAUCAAGAUGGCACGCCAAGAAACUUCUCUGAAGGAGACCCUGUGUACAUUUCCAAACCUGAUCUCAGCAGUGAGGAUUCGGACAGGAGCUCAGGAAGAACCAUGUUAAGGGUUGCUGCACCUCGAGUUGGAAGGGACACUGGACCGACCCACUUUAGUGAGCUGUCACCAAUGGCAGAUUCCCAUGAUUCUGGUUUUUCAAGGAGAAACAGAAAAGUGGUUGAAUAUUUUUGGAUCCCCACAGAUGAGGAAUAAUUAAUAAAUAGGACAUAUAAUUUAAACUCUUAAAUGAAUGCGUAUAAAUAAAUAAAAAACAUCUUGUAUCUUAAGGAACACAUCUGUGUAAUUUUUGGAACAACACACUUUGUGUUGUUUUAACACAUCUUGUGUUGUCAUUUUAAUUUAUUUGAACAUAAAAUCAACAUGAAAUGACACAUAAUGUGUUAGAUUAACACAUCUUAAAUAGGAUAACACAAAACAAAACGUGUUAAAAUUAAUAUCCUUUCUUAGAGUGUAGACAAAAUUCGCCAAGUUGUAAAGUUGCAGUCUUCUAUGUUAUAUUUGCUCUGCAUUCAAAGUCUUUCUCAGUUCUUUUUCAUUUAAUAUAAUACAAAAAUGUAUUGCAUCUCUUAUGU